AUGUCAACGACGCAGCGAAUCUGCAUUUUUAUCUCCCUUUUUCUCACUAUCGAACCAUUGCUAAUUGCAACUACAGACGAUGGCGGAACCCCUCCUUUGACGGCCUACAAUGUUCUUCAGGCUUAUGACUUCCCGGUGGGCAUCCUUCCCAUGGGCGUGACCCACUAUGAAAUAAAUAAAGCCAACGCGAAAUUCAAUCCAUAUUUCAAUAGUUCGUGCAGUUUCUCAAUUGAAGGUUCGUAUCAAUUGAGGUACAAGUUGAAAAUCAAUGGGUACAUCUCUAAAGACAAGCUUACCAGCCUUUCUGGGCUCAACAUCGGUGAGGUUAAAAGGAAUGGGGAUAAACGUGAGUUCUUCGUGGGAAUUUUAUCUACUAAAUUUGGGAUCAACAAUUUCUAUGAAAGCCCACGAUGCGGGUGUGGAUUUAAUUGGAAAAGUAUUGAAAAGAAUCGGCAGAAAAGGGGGCCGCCCGCACUCGAUUCCUCCCCUCAGACGACGCUGUUUCAACCCUCGCCUGCAUCGACCUCGUCAUCAUCACCAACUGAUUUACCUCAAACGACAUCGAAUUUGGAAAACGAGAAUUUCAAUAGCUUUAAUUUCUUUGAGGAGGAGUUCCAGGUGGAGUUGGCCUUGGCAAUCAACGUUUCAGAUCAGGGUCGAAAGGAAGGUGACCCGGAAACCGCUCAAAUAAACGCUGCCAAGCAGAUUAGCCUUGGGGGCUCACCCUCGCAAAGCCUCUCUGAAUUUUUGUCUCUACGAUAUUGGGCAAUCACGUCAAAGGGUGGUUAUUACCUUGAAGCUCCAGUGUCGGGUAGCAGAAAGCCUGCUGAAGAUGGUCCAAUUGGUGAUUCUUGCUGCUAG